CAGUGGCAGGUGAGGGCAAACACCUUCUUCCGUGUGGUUGACGUGUCGCUGAACUAUCACCAACUCUCGCUUCGAUUUUGAUUCGCAACUUUCGAUAUAUUCAAAAUGCAUGGUUAACUGAAAUUGACGAAAAGCAAUUAAUAGUACACGUUUAAAAGUGUCAACAAUAUAGUUGACACAUUAAUAGUCUUUUAGAUUUUAUAUACAAGUAAUAAACAUAAAUCGUUUCAUCGAAAGUGCUGCUUGUGAACAAAGGAUUCAUCCCGACGCUGUAGUUCAGGGUACAUUCAAGAAGCCACAACGGUGUCGUGUUCCCAGAUGUUCUUAGUCAAGGCAAUGUGACACUUCUGGUGAAUUGUUUUGAAUGCAACUCACAUUAGACGAAGGAGUUGCCCUCUCCCAACAGCAUCAAAUUUAUGAUCACCUCAGACAAGAACGAUUAUAACGAUAGAUGUGAGAGCUGUUACACGUAACGUUAAUUUGAUGCAAAAUGCGACCGUUCUGAACAGUUCAGAAUAACUUUGCAAUGCGGGAAUUGUUCUGAGCUGUAAUCAUCAACGGAUGGACCUUGGUGCUUGUCGGCUCAAACAUAAUUUGCAAUCCGCUGUGAGACUGACGAGGCGGGACCGCCGACAGGAUGGUGGAGCGGUCGGACCGAGCACCUCUGCUGGACUGGGAGGAGGUUCCGUCCGCGGAGAAGCCUGGCGGAGCGGCACCGGCUGUAGCACACUCAAAGGACCGAGUGGCGAGCCCCUGCAACAGCCGUGCCUCAUCAGGAUGCUCCGCGCCGGGGCUUGGGUGGAGCAGCGGUCCAGGGGGUCCCACUCCCAGCAGGUCUGUCUCCAACGCAGACGGCUGCGGCGCCCCACCCGCGACCUCCAACACCCCGCCGGGCAAGAAUGAAGUCCUGCAUCCCGACAACGAGGAGCAUCUCUCGGAUUCAGGAUCGGGGGAGGUGUCGCUAGAGGACAGGAUGGUGAAAUGGGAGGAAAAGGACCAGAUUGUGUCGGUCUUUGUGGUUACAUUUAAUACCAGAUCAGGAAACAUGCUGGAGUGGUGUCUGCCCAAAGACAUGGACCUGGAGGGAGUGGAAUUCAAAGCCAUCGCCAGCGGCUCCCACCGAGUCACCACAGACUUCAUCUACUUCCGGAAGGGCUGCUACUUUGGCCUGGCCUGCUUUGCCAACAUGGCGGUGGAGAGCACAGUGGAGAGGGGUGCGAGGAUGAAGUCGGUAGGGAUCCUGUCUCCUUCCUACACCUUGCUCUACCGCUACAUGAGCUUCCUGGAGCACCAGGUCAGGCUCCAGCUUCAGUCCCCAGGCCACUACUCUCCCCUGGAGGCCUUCUAUGAGGACAAGAGAGCACUUCUGCCCCCCGGUGGUGACGGUGUUAUUAUUGCAUGUCCAGCCAAUGCCUGGGGAGCCGCGAUCAACCACAGCAUGCACCCUGAAAUGAAGAUCACCCACCCUGCAGGCUGCAUGUCCCAGUUCAUCCGCUUCUUUGGGGAGCAGAUCAUGGUGCUGUGGAAACUGGCUCUCCUCCGCAGACGCAUCCUCAUCUUCUCCCCUCCACCUGUGGGCGUGGUCUGCUACCGAGUGUACUGCUGCUGUUGCCUGGCAAACAUCUCCAUCCCCGGGAUCGGCGUGGCUGUGCCCGAGUUCCGCCCUUUCUUCUAUGUUAACGUGGCCGAUAUCAGCGCCCUGGAGAACGAGCUCUCCUACGUGGCGUGUACUACUGAGAAGAUCUUUGAGGAGAAGAAGGAUCUGUAUGAUGCGUAUGUAGACAAUCAGAAUGUAAAGACCUGCCGGGACGGCCUGAAGCCUCUGCUCCGCCUCAGCACCGCAGACAGGGAGAAAUAUCGCAAACUCACGGAACAGAGGCAGAUGUUGCUAUACUCCCAGGAGGAGAAUGGAGACUGUGUGUCCAGCGAAGAGGAUCUCUUUAUUCUGUUUUUCCUGGAGCAGAACAACAGGAUUUUCCAGACCCUCAGCGAGGUGGCAGGGAGCCCCGAUCCCACGCUGACCCAGGAGAGUGUGAGGGCCAUGGGUCUGGAUCCCCACGGAGACAGGCUCUUCCUGCUCCACCUGCUGGAGAUCUACGGCUAUGACACCCUCCUGGUGUCGGAGCAGCUGUGCUGCAGUUGAGACGACAGAUGUGGAUUUCCACCUUUCAUCACUGCUGGUUUUAAAGGGGGGGGGGUGGGGUUGAUUUGCCUUGAACAAACUUUGAGUGCUGCACUACUGGCUUCUUGGAGUCUUUGGAACUUUUUUUUCUUUUGUAA